AACAGACUCAGAAGGGAUGUAGCGUGAGAUUCUAGUGGUCAAUUAGCUAGCUAUGCAACGAAUGGACUGGAUACUCUGGUCUUUAUUCAUAGAUUUGAUGUUUUAUGAUAAACAGCUUUUUGAAAUAACAUCUGGAGUCGUGAAAAGAUCAAUAUCAUGCAUUUCAUACAUGCAGGAGGGAUCAAUUGCAAGUAACGUUACUUGGACUGAACCAGACUAUGUAGCUAAUUUAGCUAGCCUAGCUAAAUUACCGGCGUUAGCAACUACCUGUUUCACCCGGGUAACGUUAGGCUAGCUAAAAUGAUAACUGGUGGUUUGUACCUGACGCGAUAUUAGCGCAACACGGUUGUAUUUACUCAAGGAGCUUGAUAGCAUAGCUAGCUAACGUUAAGUGGUACAGAAAUAGCCGAAAUCAGCUAGCUUCAUUUGCUAGCUAACGUUAACCCUCUCGCGCACUGUUAAAAGGACAUGAAGAACAUGCCUUGGGAUGACUCAUCUUUUACCCGACUGAUGUUAAAUGCAACUAUGUUUCUAAUGUUUCCGUUAGUAAAACAUUGAGUAGCUACAUGCAUGUAAGUGUGGUAUAUCCUUGUCCAUGCUUGCCUGUGUAUCUAGCUAAGCUAACUAGUUAACGUUAGGGACCCAAGAUUGGUUUUCAUUUGUCAUAAAAUAAGAUGCUGACGCAUGGUAUGUAUCUCGUCCUUUUGUGGCUAUUCGGGAUUAAUAUGAUCAACAAUGGCAUUUGUUUGCUGACACUGGCUACAUAGGAAACGAAAAUAUAUGGAUCCGCAGUUAAAAGGGAAGAUUCCAUUACUAGUGGCUAGUUAUCGUUCACUUUUUUUUUUUACCGAUAUUGUCUGCAUAACUAGCUAAUCAAUUGCUAGCUGGAUGACGAAGACACCCAUUCUAUGUGGAUGAGACAUUUAAAUUGAAGUUAUUGCUUGGCUAUCUACCUAUAUGCCAUCGCCCCAACAACCCAUUUUUUUUUUUUUUAAUCUGGUCAACUAUGGCGGUUAGCGGGGUGAGUCUUCUUUCUCUAGCCGGGGACGUGGCUGCCCCGGGAGCUGCUCUGGCCGCUAUGUCCUCUUCCAAUACGUCCGUGUCCGCCGGUCCCACGCCAGAUGCGGACACCCGUGGCUGCGAGAACGGUGCCUUGAUGGACUCUUUCGGCAUCUUCCUGCAAGGCCUACUAGCGAUGGUGGCCUUCAGUACGCUGAUGUUAAAGCGCUUCAGGGAGCCCAAGCAUGAGAGAAGACCCUGGAGGAUCUGGUUCCUGGACACCUCCAAACAAGCCAUUGGGAUGCUGUUUAUUCACUUUGCUAAUGUCUACCUGUCUGACCUCACAGAGGAGGACCCUUGCUCACUUUACCUUAUAAACUUCCUCCUGGAUGCGUCUCUGGGCAUGCUGCUGAUCUAUGCCGGGGUGAGGACUGUCAGUGCCAUUGUAGAGUGGAGGCAGUGGGAUGCUCUACGCUUCGGAGAAUACGGAGAGCCGGUGCAGUGCACUGCGUGGGCGGGCCAGUGUGCUCUCUACAUCCUCAUCAUGAUGUUUGAGAAGGUCCUCAUCAUCCUGGUCCUACUCAUCCCCCAGUGGAAGAAGCUGGCUCUCCUGAACCCCAUAAACAAUCCUCAGUUGGAGCUGGCCAUCGUCAUGCUCAUCGUCCCAUUCUUCGUUAAUGCCCUGAUGUUUUGGGUGGUAGAUAACUUCCUGAUGAAGAAGGGGAGGACAAAAGCCAAGCUGGAGGAGCGGGAGGUGGGGGAGGAUGUGCGGGGCAACCGUAAGGUGCGCUACAGACGGGCACUCUCCCACGACGACUCGGAGUCUGAGAUCCUGUUCUCGGCUGACGAUGAGAUGGACGACUCGGAGGAGGAGGAUGUGCGCCGGCUCACCGGCCUCAAGACGGUCAAGAAAAAGAAGCACCGUAUGGGGAUCCCUGUUUAACCUGGGCCUACCCAGGCUGACUUGGUCUAACCCACUCCUGUGUCCACUCGCCUCACUUCACGUCCCCACUCUCUCCCUCUCCAGGCCCCGCUGCCCUGACUGGAGCCUCCUGGGAACAUGUCGUCUAGAUUCCUCUAACAGCAGGCUAGCAUUGGUCUCUUUGUGAGUAGGGUGCCUCUGUAGGGAGGUGGGAUCAUGGAGGACUGCAGAUCAUGGAGACUAUUGGACUGCCUUUACUACACAUUCACAUGGGACUCCUGCAGCCUCUACACUGGGAAUAGAAACACUUGGGGAAGUGUUUUGCUGCAGCUAACCACGUCUAUCUGAGAUUUCACCAUAGAUCUAUCACUUAUGGUGGUGACACUCAUUGAAGAAAUGAAUUGUUAUGAUGGUGGAAAACCGUUAACACUGGUGUAUUACAGGAACGUUUGGGUCUGGUUGAGUGGGUGACGCAGUAUAAUUGCUAGCACCCCUUCACUGUGGUUCCACACGGACUCAUAAGAGGCCCAGGAUAAUAUUAACUGCAUCAGGUUAAGCUGUGAAUGGUUGUUACUUUUUCUGUGGUUUAACAGGUGACCCCUGUUGGAUGUAGCGGGAGAGAACAGGCACCUGGGAUUGCACUCUGCCUUUUCUCCUACCUUCAAGCAAACCUCUGUCAUUUUAACAUUUUAAUACAUUUGAUACUUAUCUUCCGAAUCUAAAAGUGAUUGUAUUCAUUUAGAUUCUGUAUAUAAAAUGUUUCUCUUCCUCAGCUAGGCUGACUGCAAUGGCCUGUUAUAAGAGUUGGUGGAGGUGUGUGUGUCUGUCUGUGUGCACUUCCCAUUCAUGCAUGUGCGGGAAUGUGGGAAGUUUAGGAUGAUGCUCCUAUGGAGGCUUUGCUCUGUAAACAUGCAGUGUUUUAUAAUAACUACAACACAUGUUUCUAACUCCUCUAAGCCUAUAUAAUGACUGCAGAGGGAAGACGGGUCAGGACAGUGCAGCUUGGCUGUGUGUCUCUCAACCAUGCACCACCCAACCUUAACCUAAGGGACUGAGACCCUUAUCCCAGUGACGGUACAGCCAGGCUUUAGGUCUGCAGGCCUGGAUCGGGCCCUUCUCUCCCUGUGUGUAUGACUUAACUAGGAUCUCUUCUGUUACCUAUUUAUUCCUUGUCUUUGGUGUGUCCUGUUUAUUUUAAUUGUAUUUUUUUACACUAAGUUAUUUUGGCUAAAACCAUGACACUGAACUUACACCAUGUGUUCUUAAUUCAGAGACGGAGUAGAUAUGGGACCUGAGGGUGUGUCCUCACAGCCAACGUUCAAACUCUCUGCUCUUGCCCACAUCACUGGUCUAAGGAUGUUCUUUGUUUGUUUUGUAUUUGUUUUGUUCAUUCUUUGUUUUCGACAAUGUGCCUGUGUGAAUUUACUGUGUUUGUGGGUGUUCAUCUUGUGCCUCAGAUCUUCAGACUUGCAGUAGCAUUCAGUUGGUUUGGCUCAGAUGUUGAACUUGACAGAAGCACAGACCUCUAGACUGGGAGUGACUUUUGGACCGGUGUACAACCUACAGUACAGUGGAGAGAGCAGUGCGGGUAUGUUUGUGUUGUGGUACUCGAGACUGGUCCCGAGACCACAUGUUGAGUGUCUCGUUUUGCUGUCGGAUACAUUUGUACUCUGUCUUGACUCGGUCUAGAACUCGUAAUUUCUCGACUCGUAAUUUCUUCCCGAUACCAGCAGAGUAAAAAAAAAAAAAAACAUAAUUAUCAACUUCAAUUCAGUCAGUACAUAAAACCACUUCGCCAGGCCAAAUAUACAGUGUAUUCAGACCCCUUUGUUACGUUACAGCCUUAUUCUAAAAUAUAUUUAUAUAUAAGGUAUUUCAGUUUUUAUUCUGAAUAAAUUUGCAAAAAUUGCUAAAUAAAAGUAUACCCACUUCUCCAGGCAUCACUACACCACUGCAUAGGGCCGAUGGAAAGACAGCAGUCACACACAGCAUGUUAAAGGAGAAGCAGUCCAUAAACUCGGACAUAAUAAGCCUGUAGGUCCCAAUAAUAAGAAUACAAAAACGCAACCAUUAAGCAUUUCCCAAUCGAAAUGUACAGCUAUUACUUCCCAUUUGUAAAGAACAUUUCACGUUUAGCACACAGAGUAACCAGUGACCUAAAGUUUAAAGUGGAACUGACAGCAUUUGAACUACUUUGCAGAUAGAAAACGGACAAUCAUAUCAGUCAAAAAUAUCUAAUUCCCAGUUCAUGCUACAAAACCAACUUUAUAAGAGGUUUUAGAACCUAUUUUUAUUUGACUCAACUUUCCAUGACGUACACUAAGGCGUUGUUGACAGAAUAGAUGGAUGCAGUUCAAUGCAUGAUUACUAUAAUUCACCAAUACAUUUGUUGAGUAGUCCAAAAAAUAUUACUAUCAGGUUGUAAAUCACAGCUGGCCUGGUACAUUGAUUGCUGCCUCCAUUUAGGAUGCACUGUUUCAGUUUCAAUGACUUAAUAUUCUGGACAAAAACAGACGAAUGUAACUAAAAGCUGUGAAUGUCAAUACAAUUAAACUAGCAAGGGCAAUGAUCAAGUUAGUCAUAACGUGGCUAAUAGGCUAGCGUAUCUAUUUAUGUAGCAAGUUAAAAACACAGCCUAACAUUAGCUAGCUAGCAAGAAGGAUGUCAUGCCAUUGGAGGAGAGACUGACUGACUUUUUAUCCUCAUAGACAGCUAGAGAUGCAGGUGUCAUUUGGUUAGCUAGCAAGAACUUGAUUGACUGUUAUACAGUAAGCAUAUAUCUUGCGUUCAACUUCCCUCUGGCUAUCUCCUCCGAUUUCAGAGCACUCUUGUCUGAGUGUGCCAGAUCGCUUACAAACGCACAACACCUGCUGAAUAUGUCCUUGUCAGUAAAAAAAGUAGGCAAAAAAAGUAAGUUAGUCAAGAACGCUAUAGAUAACAUGUAACCAGGUCUGCUACGGGGAGUAAAAUGGUCAUUGAGGUGUUCUCUCAUUUGUCUAGAAGUAGCUAGCUAGCAAGCAAACUUUAGCCAGUUAGCUUGGUUUGGACAAGCAUGCAUUGGCGUGCAAGCUGCAGGAGGGCGCGGAGGCUACAAUUCCCCAUCGUUUAUCAGUGCAAUUUUGACAGCUAACUAGCUGAAAGUUAAGAGGAUUUAUCUGAUGUUAAUUUGUUAAAUUUUAGCUAAUCUUGCUCUGGCUAGCAUUAGUUGUUAAUGUGCAUAACUGAGGAAGAGCCUACCUUUUUUCAUGGUUGUUUGAUCAAUAGGACUGUAAAGUUCCCAAAUGUAAGAGGACUCCCGUGGUGUUUACAUUUUUGCUGAAAUCCAGUCAGGUGUAUUUCUUUUGUUUUUUUGGCGAAUGCGUUAUAAUGAUUUAAAGUCGCGCUGUUGCAACUGCCUGUAAACACACAGUCCAGUUCAAAGGGAAUGAUGGCAGGCCCGUGUUUCAAAUGGCUUGUUUGUAUGAAGGUCUACUGUAGCUCUGAUUAGCUAUAGCGCACCGGUCUGUGUCGACUCCGGUCCUGGACAGGACCAAUGUUUUUAUUCGUUUUUCUGUACUGCGGUGUAUUAAUUGUCCAAACGCUCGACCGCUUUCCCACUCUGUAUUGCUAUAUAAUUUUCACAAAUGCCUUAGAAUACAUCAUUCCAAAACAUUCUAAGAAUUUAGGAAACCAUGAAAAUGACCAUAUCUAAUUUGUCACUUGUCAGAAUAUAUAUAUAUUUUUAAGUGUCAUAUUCUUCCUGGGGGUGUAUAUGAAAAGAUUUUAAGAUUUCAUGUUGAGAAAAUGCGGUCAGUUCCACUUUAAAUGCAACAAUGUUCCACACAAAAGUUAUUUCCAUGCUUCUACAUCUGCAUUACUUGGUGUUUGGGGUUUUAGGCUGGGUUUCUGUACAGCACUUUGUGACAUCGACUGAUGUAAAAAGGGCUUUAUAAAUACAUUUGAUUGAUUGAUGGCUAACAACAAGCACGCUGCAAUAGAAAACUGUUCCAGAUGAUCAUUUGAAACUUAUUUUUCAAAGUUAUUGUUGAAAAGGGAGAAGCUAACAAAUGAGCAACAACAUCCUCUACGAUAACACCUGCUGAGGCUGCUGCAAACUGUUAACCCUUUCCAUCUGUCAAAAACUGAUGAUUAAAUCAGAACAUCAUUUAAAAUAAUAUAAUUUAUUUUCCUCAGCAGCAUUUAUUCACUAUUCUGAAUAUCUAAAGUAUCCAUAUGUUGUUCUGAAAUAUGAACACAGAAAUAAUGGACAUUUUCAACUCUUAUCAUGGUGAUUUGACAACAUUCAUGGUCUUGAAUCGGACUUGCAUUUUUCUGGUCUUGACUUUGUCAAGUAAGGAGUGGGGAUGCAGUAAAUGUGGUGAUGAUGAACGGUUUGAGUAGGAUGUUGCUGGCUGAUGCAAAGGAAUAACUGACUGGGGUUAGGUAAACGGUGGUGCAUGUUGUCCUUAGUUCAACGGAGGGAUUUUAUUGUAAAAACUAAAAUGACUGGCAAAUGAUGGACUUAUAUUACCAUUAAAUGAUUUUACAAUAAAGUUUGUAAAACACUGAAA